GCUGCCGCGGGGGGAUGCGAGCGGGAGCCAGCCUGGAACUCCGAGAGCGGAAACAGCUGAGCGCGCAGGCGAUACACUGUAGCCAGCCGGGGAAGGCAAGCGGCUCCGAGGGGGAAGAAUACGGAGCAGGGGGCUGGGGGCACUGGAUCUGGUCAGUUUCAGCCCCGUUAUAAGCUGCGGGGAAAUUCACCAGCGGAGUCGCAGAUCCUUCUCCCCCAUCCCCUCCCCGCACCUUUCCUCCCGCAUUUUUAAAAAUCUCUCCGAAGUGGUGACGAACUCCGGAUUCUUGCUGCAGUUUGGGUCUCGCUCCUCCUUUCCCCGUGUACCAGUGCCGAUGCCUGCAAAGCCGUGACACCAGGAGGAGGAAGAGGAGGAGGACGCUGACUUCGGAACUGGUUUUUCGUUCAGAGAAGAUUACAGCUGGUCUGAUGCUCUAGUGUCUGCAAAGGAGAAAUCUAAAAGCGUACUUGAGCACCUUGGUCCAGAAGCCCAUGAGUUCUGGUGAAGCAGAGUUGGGAGUCCCCAGAAAACAGAGUCCGUGAGAGACAUGUGAAGGAGCGUGAGUUGGCCCUGAGCUCGUGGGUGUGCUGGCCACAAAGCUGGGCUGAUUUACUGAAGUUUGUUUUUGAGUGGGGUGAUACUCUCCCUUCACCCAGGUAUGAUGUCGGUUGAAGGAUCUACGAUAACAAGCAGGAUAAAAAACCUGCUUCGCUCCCCAUCCAUUAAACUGAGGAGGAGCAAGCCUAGAAGCAAGCGAGAGGACAUCAGCAGUAAGGUGACCUUGGAGAAAGUGUUAGGAAUAACUGUGUCGGGAGGCAGAGGAUUAGCCUGCGACCCCAGGACCGGCCUUGUCGCAUAUCCAGCAGGGUGUGUCGUCGUGCUCUUCAACCCUAGGAAAAAUAAGCAACACCAUAUUCUAAACAGCUCCAGGAAGACGAUUACAGCUCUUGCUUUCUCCCCUGAUGGAAAGUACCUGGUUACUGGAGAGAGUGGGCACAUGCCAGCUGUUCGGGUGUGGGAUGUGGCUGAACGGACCCAGGUGGCUGAGCUCCAUGAACACAAGUAUGGCGUGGCCUGUGUGGCGUUCUCCCCCAGCUCCAAGUACAUUGUCUCAGUGGGGUACCAGCACGACAUGAUUGUCAACGUGUGGUCAUGGAAGAAAAACAUCGUGGUGGCGGCCAACAAGGUGUCCAGCAAAGUGACAGCAGUGUCAUUUUCAGAGGACUGCAGUUACUUCGUCACAGCUGGCAACCGCCACAUCAAGUUCUGGUACCUGGAUGACAGCAAAACCUCCAAGGUGAAUGCCACAGUCCCCUUGCUAGGGCGCUCCGGUUUGCUGGGGGAGCUGAGAAACAACUUCUUCACGGAUGUGGCCUGCGGAAGGGGUAAAAAAGCAGACAGCACUUUCUGCAUCACCUCUUCCGGCCUCCUCUGUGAAUUCAAUGAAAAGAGGCUGCUCGACAAGUGGGUGGAGCUGAGGAACACAGACAGCUUCACAACUACUGUGGCGAACUGUAUCUCUGUGAACCAUGACUACAUCUUCUGUGGCUGCGCUGAUGGCACGGUGCGGAUUUUUAACCCUUUGAACCUUCACUUCGUCACUACAUUGCCGAAGCCGCACUUCUUGGGAAUGGACGUUGCCAGCGUCACUGAAGCCAGCCGUCUCUUCUCUGGUAUGGUGGAUGCCAAGUAUCCAGAUACAAUUGCCUUGACCUUCGACCCUACCAACCAGUGGCUAUCGUGCGUUUACAAUGACCACAGCCUGUAUGUGUGGGAUGUCAAGGACCCGAAGAAAGUGGGCAAGGUUUACUCUGCCUUAUACCACUCUUCCUGCGUGUGGAGUGUUGAGGUGUAUCCUGAAGUGAAGGACAGCAAUCAGUCUUGCCUGCCCCCAAGUUCAUUCAUCACCUGCUCUUCUGAUAACACAAUCCGUCUGUGGAAUACAGAGAGUUCCAACAUCCAUGGCACAGCUCUGCACCGGAACAUCCUCAGCAAUGACCUGAUGAAAAUCAUCUAUGUGGAUGACAACACUCAGGCCCUGCUGGACACUGAUUACAAUUCUGGCGGGAGCGCAGACAAGGCUGACAUCCAGGCCUUGGACAUGAAGGUGGGGAUUCGCACACUGUGUGUGAGUCCCAACGGAGAGCACCUGGCCUCGGGCGACAGGAUAGGCACUCUCAGGAUCCAUGAGUUGCAGUCCCUAAGGGAAAUGCUGAAGGUGGAAGCCCAUGACUCUGAGAUCCUCUGCCUGGAGUACUCCAAAUCUGACACAGGGUUGAAGCUCCUGGCAUCAGCCAGUCGGGACAGACUGAUCCACGUCUUGGAUGCUGGAAAGGAGUACAGCCUGCAGCAGACACUAGAUGAGCAUUCAUCUUCCAUCACAGCUGUGAAGUUUGCAGCCAACGAUGGGAAGGUGCGAAUGAUCAGCUGUGGAGCGGAUAAGAGUGUCUAUUUCCGCACUGCACAGAAGACGGGUGAAGGGGUCCGGUUUACCCGGACACACCACGUUGUUAGGAAGACCACUUUGUAUGACAUGGAUGUUGACCCCAGCUGGAAAUAUGCUGCUAUUGGCUGUCAAGACCGUAACAUCAGGAUUUUCAACAUAAGCAGUGGGAAGCAGAAGAAGCUGUACAAGGGAUCCCAAGGUGAAGAUGGCACCCUCAUUAAAGUGCAGACUGAUCCUUCGGGUCUCUACAUUGCAACUAGCUGCUCUGACAAGAACCUCUCCAUCUUUGAUUUCUACUCUGGCGAGUGUGUGGCCACAAUGUAUGGGCACUCAGAGAUUGUAACUGGGAUGAAGUUCAGUAACGACUGCAAACACCUGAUCUCUGUCUCUGGUGACAGCUGUAUCUUCAUUUGGCGCCUGAGUUCUGAGAUGACCAUCAGCAUGCGACAGCGGCUAGCUGACAUGAAGCAAAGAGGGAAGCAGGUGGAGAAAUCACCACCACACAAGACAGCUGGACUUAUCAGGCACGAAUCCACCUCUGUCCUAUCGCCAGUGCCAGUGCUUUCAUCAGAUAGCGACAAAGAUGGUGAAGAUGAAGGAAAUGAUGAAGACGAGUUAAAUGGGCUACAGUCUUUCCAAAUUCAAUCCAGCUGCAACCCUGAGAGAGACUCAGAUCCAGACCUUUCCCUCUCAAGAAGCCUCUCCCAUUGGGAAAUGAGGAGGGCGAAAGAGAUUGCAGAGAUCCAACGUUCAGAGACUGCAAUGAACAAGAUUCCCCGGCAGCGGGGCCGUUGGUCCCAGCCAACCAGUAACAUAGAGUUGACGGUUAAAUCCAUGCUGGACUUGCGCCAGCUGGAGUCUUUCUCAGUCUCUCGAUCCCCCAGUCGAGACUCGCUGUCCCAGACCAGCAAUGGGGAUGACAGAGAAGAGCAUGCUGAUCUCUCUCUGCAUGUCAACAAGGUUGGAGACUCUAUAGCUCCUCAGGACAGCCGGCCUUGCAUCCGACCCCAAAUGAUUCGGCUUGUGUCCUGUGAAGAGGGGGUUUUCACUCAGGAACUGGAGCCCUUUGAGAGUGAGGAAUGUGUAAUCUACCCUGAACAAGAUGAGAUCCACCCCACCGACAGUAGCAGUGAGUUCCAGGUAAAAGCUCUGCCCCACGGGAAGCUAGUUAGAGGUUACCACAGCAACGGAUGCCCUGAUAAGCACAGUCCUGACAGUGCUUGCUCGGUAGAUUACAGUAGCAGUCGCCUCUCCAGCCCAGAUCAUCCAAAUGAAGAUUCUGAGAGCACAGAGCCCCUCAGUGUGGAUGGUGUCUCAGACUUGGAGGAACAGGUGGAUGGGGAGGACGAGGAGGAUGCAGGCACUAGCAUGCUGGAGGGAGAGGUCCCCAAGACUCCAGAUCAGGAGAAGUUCCUCAAGCAGCAUUUUGAGACUCUGGUCAAUGGUGGUGAAAAAGGUGGAUCAUGUAGGACCCUGGAGAGAACUGAAAAUAUCAGCAUUUCUUCUCGCUUUCUCUCCCAGUCCCCAGCUCUCAGGCGUUUGUCACGCUCCUCAUCAAAUCUGAUACUGGAUCAAAAGCCCAUUGAGGCUUCAGCCCAGUCAAAGCAGGUUUCUGUCGACCUGCUGAAAAAUGGGAACAGCCAUCGUAAUGCUGCCUUGGAGAAUGACAGCCUUCUGGAUGGUGUAAAUUCCUACCGGUCCAUUUACACCCAAAGAAAACGGAAGUCAGCAGUGGAGACUAAUAGGCUUGCAGUGGGACCUGGAAGAAUUAUUGCACCCUUUCCAGAGGGUACUGGGAAUGUGGGGAUGAGGAAGUCCCAGUCAGUUCAUGACCUCCUUCACGACGAUAAGAGUCCAGGAGUGAUAUCCUCUACCAAGCAGCGUCCUCAGACACUAGUGGUGGUCGAGAAGGAUCCAAAACCUAAUCAUUGCAGGCCAUUGUCUGCAAGCCUGCUGAAGAUGGAUGGGUCCAGCUCCCUGCUGGUCAAAGACAGUAAGGUUGUAAAAUCAAAGUCCUACAUGAAUCCCACAACCAGCUUCAUGGCCAAGAUGUCACGCAGCAUCUCUGUAGGGGAAAAUCUAUGCCUUGGUGAUUCUGUUGAAACACUGACUGAGGAGAGGACCAGUCCACAGGGGCCUGAGAAGACACAGAUAACUCCCCCAGCGGAGACUGAGAAGAACAAGCCACCUACAAAAGAAAAUGUCCCAGGGAAGCCAUCCCUUCAGCAAGUUGUAAGCUGCUCAUCACCCAAGUCCUUCCACAGCAAGUUGGCAUCAUCAAACCGGGCACACUUGAUCCUUGACAUCCCCAAACCAUUGCCUGACAGACCCACCUUAGCUUCUUUCUCACCCACUGCCAAAUCAAAAACCCCACUCGAACCGGAGUCUCCUCAGUCACCUGCUGGGGUCUGUAAAAAGAAAUCAUCUCUUCCUGAGGGACGGACCUUCAAGAGGGAGAGCCCAAUUGCUGUGUCUGUGGGACCUGCUAAACAGAGCCCAGUGGAGAAUCCAGCACUGAGGAUAGAUUGCCAGGAUGAACCAGGGGUCACUAAUCCAAAACUGAAAGAGUUUUCAGAAGGCUUGCACCCAAGGGCUCCUGAAAGCACAGUGCCCAGAUGCAGAGAGAGGUUCUCCAGCAUUGGCUGUGUGCUAGACAACCCACUUGGACUUUGUCCACUAGACCCCAUCAGGCCAAGGUCUCCCACAACAGUGGCUGCCUCGGCACAGAACUCAGAACGUCGCAUCAGCAUUGAGCAGUGUGAACAUGUUGUAUCUGAGCUCCAGGAUAGCAUGCGCAAGGCCAUUCACCUUUACCACAUGGUAUCAAUGGAUAUGGAGUCUUCUACUGACAAAGAUAAAAUUGCUGGCCUCCUAACGGAAACGUUCUCCGUGAUGAAGAAAGAACUGGACUCCCUGAAGGAAGGAGAAGAGCUCCAAAGGGCCAAGAAGGUGCUGGUGAAGCCACAAGAUGCAAUUAGGUCGCUGAAUGAGGGAAGUGGUGCCACCCUGUCCAGUCCUAGGCGUUUUGGGGAUGAGCAGACUCUGGCUUUGCUGGAACAGUACUCGGAGCUGUUACUACAAGCUGUGGAACGGCGCAUGGACAAAAAACUGUAAAGGGGUGGUGGUCGGAAAAAACACUUUUUGAGUAAAACUGAUAGCUCCCUAGAAAUAAUCCCAGGAUGACCACCACAGUGGAAGCCUCAGACAGGUGCUGUCGCCACCCUGAUCUAUGGAGUAAGAGAACUUUUUAAACUGAUCUUCUCAGCCCCAUAGAACAGGUGUAUUCUAGUUUUUAGCAAUGUGCUGGCCACAGUUUUAAUACCUUCCCCAAUACUCUUCAGCAUCUAGUUUGUGAACACAGCCUGGAAAGAGGCUGUAGAGAAGUUGCUUGGAAAUCUCUCCAUAGCCAGAUGUUUGGCAUCUCCUGUAAGAACAAAAAAUAAAUUCAGUUUCCCCAAGAAGCUCUGAACUGCUGACUAACAAAAGGGGCCUGGAUGAAGCCAAUCACUCCCUCCCAGGGCUUCAUCAGAAUCCAAAGGCAGACUUUUAAACGUUCUAUUUAUUAAUUUAUUUUUCUGACGUUUGCUCUAACCUUUUCCUGAGUAUUUGGUGGCCAUUUCCUUCCCUUUUCAAACAAACAAUUUUUUCUCCUUUGCCAUAUCCCAGCGAGACACAAUCUCUGUAUUAUAGUAACCCCUAACAGCAGAGGCAGGCUGGAGUGUCUGUGCAAUUACCAAACUGGUCUUCUCUGCUGCAACCUGUCUUGCUGAUCUUCCUUUCCCCAUCCCUGACUUGUUUCCUGCAGUAAUCCUGCUGUUGUGAUGACGACCCUGUUGGCUUUUCCUUUUGUUUCAAAGACCGUCUGGGAUAUAAUUUAUCUCCACUCUCCUCUGACGGGGGAGGAUUUGCUACCCCUUGGAACAAGUUGUGGGGAUCAUGUAACAAGAACAUCGUGGCUUUUUAAAUGAGCUUUGGUAUUUUAUCUGAGCUCAAAUAUUUGAGAGUGGGGUUUCAUCAAACAUUAAAAAGAAAAGGGUUGAAAUAAUCUAGGAAAAUGAAAAGUCAGCUGUGAAGUUCCUUUUAGCCAUGUUCUGAGAGUGGAAUUGGACACUGAUCUCUUGAUGCUAAUGAAAGUGUGGUGAAGGGGGUGGGUUGGAGGUGAAUGAUUUUAUUGGGAGAAGUUAAGUGGGAGGCAAGACCUCCAUCUCUUUGAGUGAAGCCCUCAAUCAGAGUGAUCACCCAUGCAACUGCUGCUCCCUCCCAGUUUGAUGCUUUCAUUGUCCUGGUAGGAAAGACAGUCAGUAGGUUCCACUCUCUCUACAAGGAAAACAGAAUAUUCUUAACCUUCCAGGGGAGCAGAGAAUAAUUUACCUUUUCUAACGGACUACAGAAAAUGAUCUCCUGGGAGUGCUGAGCAGCCAGUAUUGGAUAUUGUGGGAUGUAAUUAUCACCAUCCUUCCCCUACUCCUUCAUGAGUCUCUUGAUGGAGAAAUAGAAAACCUUGCCCCUGUGAAAUUCUGUGUGCAAUAGCCUUCUUGCCUUAUCAGACUUCUCCAAGCUGGCAAUAAUGCGUUUAUUGUCAUGGCUUACAAGUAUCCAGUGUUGCUAUUGGUCAAUAUCAGUAAGCUAGGAUGCAGUGUAGGUGGAUCCAUAUCAAAGCAGUUGGCUACCCAGGGAGAUUAUUUCACUUUCUUUCUCUGCCUUCAGUCUUCCUCUUAAAAAAAACAUAGAGCAGUACAGUCCCAACUUGUGAAACUCUAGUAUCCAGCCUAGCCCUGGAUAUAAAUGUUGGCUGGCAUCAGCAAAAGCCCUUUAAAGCUGGCCAGCCUCCAAAGAUGUGCUCCAUGGUCACAGACUUGAAGCAGGUUUUUCUGUAGUUGGUUUGGGGCAAGCUGGCCAUCAUUUUGGUCUUGUGGUUCUCUGGAAUGGGGUUGGCUUUUCUUCGCUGCACUUGGGAACUGGGGACCUGCAGUGCAGCCUCUUCUCUACGGGGAUGACUAGUCUGGGGCCAGCUGGCCCAUUUCUUCACUGCACUCCAGGGCUGGGGGACCUGCAGUGCAGCCUUUCCUCUACAUGACUGGCUGGUCUGGGGCCAGCUGGCCCAUCUGUUUGUUGAAGUCCAGGGCUGGGGACUUGCAGUGCAGCCAUUUCUCUGCUUGCUGGCUGGCCAUCAGUUCACUGAGCUUCAGGAUUGGCGACUUGAGGUGCAGGAAACCCUUUCAGAGCCUUUCAAUUGGUUCCUACUAUCAUCUGACUCUAUCUGUCCAAAUGUUUCAGGUGUCCUCUCUGACCUCUAGUUCAAUAGAGUUGUACUGUACUGUACUUCAAGGUUUAAACCUCAGAUUGCUGUGCUGCUAGUCCCCUCCCACCAUUGUGUUGUGCUGGAUCGUUUGGUAAGCUGGGAUUUUGUGCGCAGCAUCUAUGGCCAGUGGAAAGGAGCUGUUUGCAUAGGAAUGAAGUGAAGAAAUUGGAAGAAAUCUCUGGGAGUUUCCUUAUGUGGAGGGGGCAGGGAUGCUCACAAAUUGAAGGUCAGAUGGCAAUCCUAUUGGUUCUCUGAUGGGGAUAGUCUGGGUGAGGUUGACUGUGGGUCAACCAGCUGUUCUCACUCCACUUUCAGACUGUGAAAACAUAUGUGCCAGUCCACAGGAGGUUUCUUGCUGGUAUUGGGGCACAGACACUCAGGUAAAAUAGCAGUACCUUCAACCCAGGCAUCUUCUGGUACUGGAAAUACUGGUUUGAGGGUUCUUUAUACGCCUUCUCUUGUAGAAUUGAUUCCAUUUUAUUAUUAUUUGUAUUUAAAGUAUGAGGUGGUGACACCGGAUUGGAAAGAAUGCUGCAGAGCAGAUGGUUGGAAUGAAUAGAAUAUGCCCCAAAGCCAUUCCUGUUAGAUACAGUAAUCCAGUCCAUAGUGUACCUUGGACUGUCGUGGGUGAAAAGCAGCAGCUAUCAGGAUUCACAGUAGUGUCAGAUAGGACUCCCUCAGAGUAAUUCACAAGGAGUGAGUUUAAAAAAAAAAAAAUGAAUAGGAUUUUUGUGCAGGCUGGAUGUGGACUUUGCCUGGGUCAUGGGUGUAGGUGGGAAAACCGCAAACAGGGGCAAGUGUCUAGUUAGAAUGGUGGUAGGGGCAGGCUCAAGCAAGUAGCUCAGGAGGGGAAUCUAUGGGGUGUUUAGCUUUAAAAUAAUUAGAAAGCAGAGUCAGAGCUUCCAGGAGAAUAGUGUUAGGAAUAGAAGUAGGCUUGGCUGCAGGAACUGCCAAUCAAAGCCUUGAAGGGGGCUAUGAACGAUGUAGUGCAGCAGAGGCAGGGCUUCAGGGAAGUAGAACCAGGACUGAGUUUAGAGGUGUGAAUUAAAGAAUAGGUGGGGUAGUUGUUUUGUUUAAUGCCUUUUUAUUGAGCCCCUUUUUUCCCACCUGCUCCCAUGUAAACAGCUGUUUCUUCGAAGGUGUGGGAAGGCUAAGGUAUGUAACCUCAACCAUUUGCUUAAGCUUUAGUAUUAAGAGGAGUUGUGAAGCUAAAGACCUAUAAAUCAAAGUGAUAUCCCAAGUUUGGUGGUGAGAAGGGGUGAAGGGAGACAGUGUUGCAGAGAGAGAACUUGAUUCAGUUGAUAUAUAGAUAUAUAUGGUAAUUCCCCCAUGAUUUCCCAUUGCUGGCAGUAAGAAGUGUGCCGAAAAAUUCCAGUUUUGAGAACAAAGGGAACAUAAAGUCCUCAACAAGAUAGUGCAGUUGGUAGCUGCAGGCCGCAAUGCUUACAUUUGACCUGCACGUACAGCAUACGCCUUCAUCAUAGGUUAUUCCAUAGUCUGGCGGGAGAAAUCCUGAACAAUGAUUGGUGGCUGGCAAGUGAAGAGGAUUGUGGGAGGAGGCAAUUUUGGAGCCUGGACCCCUUAUAGAUUUGUGCACGCACACGCAUGUGUGUGCAGAUGUAAUGUAUUAAAGGAAAUUAUUGUUUAGCAAAUCCUGUUAAAGAAUUUGGGCCUACCACUCUGUCCUCUUUGCUUAAACACCAUCCCUCCUAUCAGGACGUUCCUGGUUAAAAUGACGAUAGUUUUUUCUUCUCAUCUUGAUGUAGCUUGUGUUACUUUUCCUGGGGGAGCUCUUAGAACAAUGCACAAAGACCUGUGAACAGGGUGGUGCAGUAGAAAGUACUUGAAUCUGACAAGACAGCAAACCCUUUGUGUUUUGUUCCCUCUAAAGCCAACUCACGUUUUUUGCCGAACAUUGAGACGCACAGCUGGUGCUCUUACAUGAGUCUGCAUUUCUUUCACUUUCUCAGGUAGUCUCCUUUCUGAGGAAUCUCCCAAGUAAUAGUUGGGGCAGGUCUUUUAGCACUCUCCUCACUCUGCUGAUCUCAUUGAAUCUCUGAAGAAGCAGUAUAUUUCUCCAAAGGAGUUGAAACAUUAUGAACUUUAAAUUUUAAAGUACA